UAUGAUUCAAAGAGCAUGGCCAUGAUGGAGUGUGUUUCUGUUCUAGUUGAAUCCCUGGUGAGGGAACUGGAAGAGGACGACGAAGAAGAAGACCUCUGGGGCCAUUACCAACAAAGAGAGAACGACUGUGUGCUUUCCGAGUGGUCCGAGUGGUCGCAGUGCACUACGACGUGCGGUAUCAACGCGCAGAAGAUCCGCAGCCGGCGGGUGGAGCGGGAGCCGGGUGCUGGGGGCAGACCGUGCGGCCCGCGCUCCGAGGUGCGCAGCUGCCAGCUGCUCCCCUGUCCCCGCUGAGAAGAGGAAGGGGCGGAAAACGUUCCCAGGUGCGCAGCUGCGGGUGAAGUGGAGCAAGAGCCGGUGCGGGGGACAAAGCGUGCGCGUGCGGUGCACUCUCGGAGGUGCGCAGCUGCCAGCUGCUUCCCUGCAUCCGCUCCCAGGUGCGCAGCUGCCAGCUGCUUCCCUGCAUCCGCUCCCAGGUGCGCAGCUGCGAGCUGAACUAGAAGCUGCUCGAGUGCGUGUCUACAUGCCUGGGAGGGGGGGGGGGGGUUAGCUGCGUGCUCUCGACACACCGUGCACCACCCCGCGCAUAAUUGGGCCAAGCGAAACUAUACCAACAACAGGAUUAAAACACUUUUGUUGUGAUUCCAUAACUUGAAAAAAAAUCAUUGUAUUAGGAACGUUUAGUCUAUGGGUGUUUAAAUUUUGUCGUCUUCCGACUGUGUUACUUCUUCAUGAGGGUACUAAACCAGAUUUCUCAAAUGUUUUCAGAAACCAAGUCUAGAUUAAUCGUUUUGUCGCUGUAUCCGAAUUACAUCCGUUAUUCUUGCUUUCCCUUGUGUUAAUUUAGAGGGUUCGGUUCGGAAAUCGAGAGGCGGCGAAGAUGUCUAGAUGACAUUUGAGUAUAUUGUUCCUGACCUACUUCAGGUGAACAUGCGCAUCAAAUAAGUAUUAUAUGAGGAUCUGUCCUAAAAGACAGUCGGCCAGUCUCAUGUUUGGGCCACAAAGGAAGGCUACGGCAGGUCAGCUGCAUCCAGUGUGAAAUGAUGAUAGCUGUACUGUUUUCUAUGUGUAGUGUGUACGUUUAUUUAUUUAAGUCUCUAAGAACAUGUAUCCGAUAUAAUUUCUAAUACCUGUACAAAAUGUGAUUUUGAUAAAGCUGUGUAUCUGUAAGUGUUGAAUUAUAAAUAUUGUAUGAAACACGCGAA